AUGCCUGAGGUGGUGGCUGUGGCUAAGGGUGGUGCGUCCCACCAGGCGUUGAAGCGGUCGCUGACUAAAGUCACCAAGAAGCCGCCCAAGAAGCGAAGGAAAUCUUGUAAGCAGAGCUAUUCCACUUACGUGUACAAGGGGCUGACCCAGGUCCACCCUCCCACCAGGGCUUCGUCCAAGGCCAUGAGUGUUAUGAAUUCCUUCAUUGUCGACGUUUUCAAGUGCGUCGCCUCCCCGAGGCCUCGCACCUCAUUCACUACAAAAAGCGCCGCACCAUCUCGGAGAGGGAGAUCCAGAGCGCUGUCCGCCUCAUGCUGCCAGGGGAACUGGCCGAACACACCAUCUCCGAAGGCAUGA